AUGGUGCUCGACAGUCACCCGCUGGUCGCGCGUGCGAGUUCCGAAGAUGAGAACUCGCCGUCGCUCUCCAGCUUGGUCACCGUCCUGAUCCCCUCCCUGAUCAUCGCGGUCGUGAUGGUGCUCGGCUUCAUCAUCCUGCGCAAGCGGUUCCGCCGAAUGUAUAUGCCUCGAACCUACAUUGGAUACCUGAAGCCCUGGCAACGCUCCCCCGAUACGCCCACUGGAGCGUGGAACUGGAUUGUUUCUAUGUACAAGAUCCCCGAUACAUAUGUGCUGCAGCAUCACUCAAUGGAUGCUUACCUGAUGCUGCGCUUCCUGAAGCUCUGCUCGGUCAUUCUCUUCGUCGGCUGCUGCAUCACUUUCCCCAUUUUGUGGCCCGUAAACGCUACGGGUGGUGGUACCGGCAAAGAGCUGGACUUGCUGAGUAUCUCCAACAUCUCGGAGAACUCUGCCGGUCGCUACUUUGCGCAUUGCUUCGUCGCAUGGAUCUUCAUCGCAUUCGUGUUCUUCAUGGUGACUCGGGAGCAUCUCUAUUACAUCAACUUGCGCCAGGCCUAUCUCUUCUCGCCCGCUUACGCCAGCCGUAUCUCAUCGCGCACCGUCCUCUUCACCGCUGUGACGCCCGAUCUUCUCCAAAAGGAGAAGGUCCGCACCAUGUUCGGUCGCGACAAGGUCAAGAACGUGUGGAUCGCCAGCGAUACCAAGGAGCUCGAGGAGAAGGUCAAGGAGCGUGACAGUGCCGCGAUGAAGCUCGAGGGCGCCGAGACCAAGCUGAUCAUCUUGGCCAACAAGGCGCGCAACAAGGCCCUGAAGAAACAGGGCUCCGCUGAGAACCCCGAGACCGAGAUCGGUGAUGGUCAAUUCGAUGACGAGUCUGGCUCGACCGCUGCUCGCUGGGUUGAGGCUAAGAACCGCCCUACUCACCGUCUCAAGAUGCUCAUUGGAAAGAAGGUUGACACGAUCAACUGGGCCCGUUCUGAGAUUGAGCGUCUGUCUCCCGAGAUCGAGGAAAUGCAGGCUAAGCACCGUGCUGGAGAGGCCAAGCUUGUGUCCUCCAUCUUUGUCGAAUUUUACCACCAGUCUGAUGCGCAGGCUUCGUACCAGUCCGUUGCUCACAACCUUCCUCUUCACAUGAGCCCUCGCUACAUUGGUCUGGACCCUACACAGGUUAUCUGGUCCAACCUGCGUAUCAAGUGGUGGGAGCGCCUCGGUCGCCAUGCCGCUACCAUCGCUUUCAUCUGCGCAAUGAUCAUCUUCUGGGCUAUCCCCACCGCCGUUGUUGGUGCCAUCUCUAACAUCGACUCGUUGACCGACAUGGUUCCCUUCCUGAAGUUCAUUGACUCCGUGCCAAACUGGAUCAAGGGUGUGAUCACUGGUCUUUUGCCCACUAUCCUGAUGUCUGUCCUGAUCGCGUUGGUGCCCAUUAUCAUGCGCCUGAUGGCCAAGUGGGGUGGCGCACCUAGCAUGGCUGCUGUUGAAUUGACUGUCCAGAACUGGUUCUUUGCUUUCCAGGUUAUUCAAGUUUUCCUCGUCGUCACACUCGCUUCCGCGGCAACCAGUGUUGUCACAAAGAUCAUCAAUGAUCCGUCGCAGGCCGCAUCGCUGCUUGCGACGAAGAUACCCAAGGCGGCCAACUUUUAUAUCUCCUACAUCAUCUUGCAAGGUCUUUCCUUCAGUGCAGGUGCUCUUCUUCAGAUUGUGCCUUUGAUCCUUGGAAAGGUCCUUGGUCGCAUUCUCGAUGGCACUCCUCGCAAGAUGUACACUCGGUGGGCGAGCUUGGCUGGUCUUGGUUGGGGAACUGUUUACCCCGUUUUCACUUUGUUGACUGUGAUCGCUAUCACCUACUCUUGCAUUGCGCCCCUGGUCAUGGGCUUCGGCGCCAUCGGUCUCUACCUCUUCUACUUCGCUUACCGAUACAACAUCCUGUAUGUGUCGAAUGCAAGCAUCGACACCCAGGGAAGAUGUUACACCCGUGCUCUGCAGCACCUUACUGUCGGAUGUUACCUUUCCAUUGUUUGUUUGAUCGGUCUAUUCGCCAUGGGCUCCGGUGCCAACCAGCUCGCUGUCGGCCCAUUGGUUCUCAUGGUCAUUUUCCUGGUCUUUGUCAUUCUCUACCACAUCUCUAUGAACAGCGCCAUGGAGCCCCUGCUUAACUUCUUGCCCAAGAACCUUGAGGCCGAAGAGGAGGCUCUCCUUGCCGCAGACCGCAACACCAUCUCCAAGUCCACCUCGGAGGAUCUGCAAGUCCCAACUGGCUCCACCGACGCUCCCCGCGACAGUGGAAUCAAUGUUGACAACGGUGUCGGCAACGUCGACUCUGCUGAAAAGGGUCUGACCGGCACCACUGCGGAGCCCAAGCCCAACUUCCUCACCAAGUUCCUGCGCCCGGACAAGUACGCCAACUACCACCAGCUUCGCAAGCUGGUUCCUGCCGCAGACCCUACUACAUACCCAUCCGAGGCUGAACGUGAUGCUUACUGUCACCCGUCCAUCACCUCGCAGCCACCUCUUCUCUGGAUUCCUCGCGACCCUCUUGGUGUUUCUUCUCAAGAAGUCGCCCACACCAUGCGUGUCAUCCCCAUCACCGAUGAGGAUGCCUAUCUUGAUGAGAACUGCAAGAUCCAGUGGAACGAGGAGAAGGGUGAACCUCCUAUCUACGAGGAGAAGAUUCCCUACUAG